AUGGAAAAAACGGAGCCUAUAUCAGUCACUUCUUUGGAGAGUUUAAUUGAAACUGUUCAAAUCAAUCCAGAUGUUGGAUACAUAACAAUGAGUCGCAAUUGCAUGGAUCUCGUCAACAAUUACAAGCCUUAUAAUUACACGAUUUGCCAUUACAAUAACGUUGAUAAAUCAAAUUAUGUGACAAUCAGCCCAAAUGGAUUGCUUGAGUUUUACAAAGGAGAUGUGGAUUUUAUGCCAUUGGACAGACUGCUUAUCGAACACGAACUCUAUAACAGUUUAAAAGAAAUACCAUUUUUUAAAACUGUGAGAACUUGGAAAGCGUUUAUGGUUUGGUUCAAGAAAAUUCGAAGAAGGAAAAUACUUGAUGCUACAGCCAAAAUUCAGGCAUUUUUUUCUGAAAAGCUUGAAAAAAAAGUUUGA